UUAAACUCUAAUUAAAACUACGAUUCUGUUCUCCGUGUACUGCAUCACGUGGUUACAAUGGCGGCUGCUUUUCUAUAUAUAAGACUUGGGAAACGGUUCUGUGUUUCAGGGAGCGUAUAACGUUAGCACUUGAAGACAACCGUGUUUUAAACACGGUUUUAAGAGAGCCCCGCCUCAGCGGUACUUCAUCAUGGCGGACUCCAGCGUCAACAGCCUGACAUCCCUUGCCCGUGCGUUGUCACAAUCAAAACUGGAUCAGAUAGAAAGUAAUGAUGUCAGCCCUCCACGAAGUAUUCAGCUUCAUCCGUGCCGAAGGAGAAAGUUGACGAGCUGCGCCUCAAUUGAGUCCCUUGAGCAGGCGACUUCACCUUCCGCCAUCGAGGCGCGAGUCCUGGUUAUUAACACCGGAGGAACCAUCGGGAUGACCCUUCACGACAACGUGCUUGCACCAAAAGCCAAUGCUUUCGGGAAGAGCUUGUGCAAGUUGCCUAUCCUACACGAUGAGACGUAUGCCCAGCUCACCAGCCUGUAUGACUACUAUUCAUCUGAGAACACCUUGGUCCUGCCGCUGAGUAAAGACAAUAAGAGGAUAAUCUACACAAUAUUAGAGUACAGCCCUUUGCUAGACUCCUCCAAUAUGACCACAGACGACUGGGGUAGAAUUGGAAUGGACAUUGAGAAAAACUACGAAGACUUUGAUGGUUUUGUGAUCCUUCAUGGCACAGACACUAUGGCUUACACAGCCUCUGCCCUGUCCUUCAUGUGUGAACAUUUGGGCAAACCAAUCAUUCUCACUGGCUCGCAGGUACCUAUCUAUGAGAUGAGGAAUGAUGGCAGAGACAACCUGCUGGGAGCGCUGCUGAUUGCUGGCCAGUUUGUCAUUCCUGAGGUGUGUCUGUAUUUCUACAACAAACUCUACAGAGGGAACCGUGUGACCAAGGUGGAUGCUGGGAGUUUUAACGCAUUCUCCUCUCCUAACUUGGCUCCUCUGGCCACUGCUGAAGUGGAUAUUACAAUCAACUGGGAUACAGUGUGGAGGGCAAACACCACAGCAAAGUUUCAAGUCAGCACUGAGCUGAACAGGAAUGUAGGCCUGCUCAGGCUGUUCCCAGGAAUCACUGCUGCUACUGUGAGGGCUUUCCUCCAGCCGCCCAUGCAGGGUGUGGUCCUGGAGACCUACGGCAGUGGAAAUGCCCCUGAUAACCGUCCUGACCUGUUAGAGGAGCUGAAGAAGGCCACUGACUCUGGGGUCAUCAUCAUCAACUGCACCCAGUGUCUGAGGGGGACUGUGUCUGCAUCUUACGCCACCGGCAAAGUGUUAAUGGAUGCAGGGCUGAUAGCUGGUAGAGACAUGACUCCAGAGGCUGCCCUAUCAAAGCUGUCUUACGUAUUGGCCAAGAAAGAGCUUGAUCUAGCUGCCAAGAAAAAGAUGAUGGCUCAGAACCUGCGAGGUGAGAUGAGUGCUGACUUAGCAGGAGCCAAGCUCUGUCUGAGCGACAGCCGUUUCAUCCAGGUCAUUGCCAAGUCUCUGAGCAUCAGCUGCAAGGAGGUGAGG